UUAUACGGAGUGACGAUGACGUACUUCCUCUAAGACAAACAAACGGCGGUGUACUGCGCGUGCGUAAUAUGUCGUGACGUGUGGGGAUUAUCUGUUCACGGUUACAAGGGCGGCUCUCUGAACUUUUCAAAAACAUUUUCUGUCAAACACGUUUUUCAACAACAUAAUGGAUGUUUAAAUCGUCUGCAGCUUGUACUACGAGAGGAGCGUAACAAUUCGUCACUUGUGACGUUGCAAUCGACGUUGAUGUGCAGGACAGGACAGCGCCGCUGUGACGGAGAAAGUUUGGACCUUCCGUCCGGAUGGGGAACAGCGCUCUCAAGUCCCACCUGGAGACUUCCCAGAAGACGGGAGUAUUCCAGCUCACUGGAAAAGGACUUCCGGAGUUUCCCGAGGAACUGCAGCGGCUUAAGGCAAACCUCCGAACCGUGGACUUGUCUGACAACAAGUUGGAGUCGCUUCCUCCUUCCAUUGGGAUCUAUGCGCAGCUCCGGAGUUUGACCCUCAACGCCAACAGGCUGGGCGGACUCCCCGACGAGAUCGGGAAGCUGAAGAAACUGGAGACUCUUAGUCUGAGUUCCAACCGGAUCCAGCAUCUCCCGCCCACCAUGGACCAGCUCAAGGCCCUGCGGACCCUCAUCCUGGCCGGGAACCGCAUCUCGGAGUUCCCUAGCGGACUCGGAGGCCUGAGACACCUGGAUCUGCUGGACUUGUCCCGCAACCAGAUUCGGAGCGUGCCGCCGGCGGUGUCAGAGUUACAAGUCAUUGAGAUCAACCUCAACCAGAACCAGAUCUCGCUGCUGUCGGCGGACGUGUCUCGGUGCCCUCGCCUCAAAGUUCUGCGCGUGGAGGAGAACUGCUUGGACCUGGCCGCCAUCCCGCUGUCGGUUCUGAACGAGUCGCAGGUGUCUCUCUUCUCGGUGGAAGGAAACCUCUUUGAGGUCAAGAGUCUCCGGGACCUGGAGGGCUACGACAAGUACAUGGAGCGUUUCACCGCCACCAAGAAGAAGUUUUCCUGAAAAGCCGCCACCGACUUGUCCUGCUCUUCCGACGCAAAACGGCAAAGGAGAAUUUGGAAGAAGAGCCAAAAAGACGAUCCCGUUGUGUUUCCCGCCAGUUAGCGCCGCUUGUGUCCCGCCAGGAAGUCAUUUGUCCCCCCCGCCGCCCCCGCCGCGGCCAUCCAGAGGAACGGAACGGAGCGGAAACGGAAACUGUUCUCUUUGAGUCCCUAAAGGCUCAUCGGCUGCAUGUUUUUGCCCCGCCGAGGAUGCAGAAAAGACAAAGUCGUCAGACGCCCUUCGUCCGAUGGCGUUGACGUGUCGGCCAUGUCGGUGCGUUUGCAUCACGGCGACUGCACCAAGAGUUGUUUGCCCUUAGCCAGCGACGAGCUAUUUCUGUUUCUUUUUGAGAUAUGAAGUCUCACCAUAAAAGCAGACCUCGAAGGACCUGAUGACUCGACCAAGGACACGAAACGGUUUUCACUAAUGAUGUGGGCUUGUAAAAAAAAAAAAAAAAAAAAAGUUGCUUUUGUUGAUCAAAUAUUAACUUGUAUUCUUUCAUAGUGUCAUUCACAAUUUAAAUUUAAUCAAUGAACAAUUGCUCAAUAAAGAAACUGUCAAGUGUA